AUGAAGCUGAGGAAACCGAGAAAUGUUGCCGAACAGCUGUAUUGGGACUUGGAAUUGGACAAGUUCGCCAGAAGAAAUACGUUUCGUCUCGAAAUCAGUGACACACCGAAGAAACCUCAAGGCUACCGCGUGGGCAGCAAUGUUUCUAAGUUCGACGCAAUUUUGUCGUCGUGUCCUGACGAGAAGAUGAAGGUAGAAGUGAAGCGAAACCUCCAAGUCUGGGAUACUAAAAACCCACGGAAUCUGGAGAAGUUCCUGGAACUAAUCGCUUUGGUAUGCAACGAUCGCGAAUUGCGCUCUUCGAUGGAAUCCGUUUUCUCGUCAAGCCGGUCAUGGGUUGGUCAUGCAUCUUCCAGCUCCAUUAGGAGUGCCCCGAAAAUGGUCGACCCGAAUCAGGCUAAGGAAAAUAUAAAAGCCAUCCUUGGUACUCCUCGUGUUCGUGAAAACAGCGUCGCGGAAUCCUCCUCAACUUUUCUCUCCGGAAGCUUGCGUGAACCCUCUCAUAAUGACGUCUUGGAUACUGUCCGUGCGAUACCACGAUCAAAGAAAUUCGGAACCAUCGGUCGUCUUCCAAUUGAAGUUCAGGAGGAUCUUAUUGUAGUAGAUCUAAUCGGAUGUCUACUCGGAAAAGAAGGAUCUUACAUUUUGCAUGUAAUCGACGACGAGCAGACGACGUUUGUCGUUGACCAUUCUUUGGAUGAUCUCUUGGCGAACCAAAUCAAAGGAUUCAUUCCAUUACUCACCAACAUUCGCACGCUGCAUACAUUUGUGGAAUUUAGCUGGAAUAAUAAAAAGAAGUGUGGGCGAAUAAUUCAGAGCAUCGCUGGAUACAUUCGUAAAACCAUUUACGAAUUCCGAUUUCUGGUCGAUCAACUGGACGACGAGCGUCGUAGUCGUGGCCUGAAGCUUCUCGCCAUUUGGGCCGGAGUGCAAGAUGCAGUUCUGAAUUUCGACGUUUUAGCUCGCAUCGCAAGAACCAUCAUGUCGAUCGAUUUGCGCAGUGGUGCCUUGCUGUCAUUUUUGCGCCGCGGAGAUUUUUCCGCGUUUUCUGACGGGAAGGUUCAAAGGAUGAUGACCUUCGUGCAAAAUCGUGCUUACGCCCCAUUUUUGCACAUGUUGGAGUGUUGGAUUUAUCGUGGAAUGCUGGACGAUCCUUACGAAGAGUUCUUUGUUGUGAGGAACCAAGAAUUCGCCACCGAAAAUGUUUCUGCUUAUUAUUCUGAAGAUUACUGGACUGGAGCUUACGGAGUGCCUGUGACGGAAAUGGUCCCCGAUUUCCUUCAGGGUCAACUCGCUUUGCAAGUUUUGAACACUGGGAAGUAUAUUAAUGUGAUAAAGAAAAGUGGACACACGUUCAGGUGCCCUUUCGAAGCUCCGAUUCCGUUCAGCGACUCGGACAAGCCAACUGUUGAAGCCGUGAAGAAAGCUCAUGCCUACGCUUCCAAUGCCCUAAUGAAAGUUCUCAUUGACGAGCACGAUCUUCUCGGGAUCUUGGGAGCGAUCAAACAUUAUUUCCUCAUGGACAAGGCUGAUUUUAUUGAGGAAUUCAUGCUGUUGUGUGAUAAUGUGGAACUCGGAGGCUGCAUCGGAGACGUGAAUCUUACAAGGCUGAAUACGUUGUUGGAGCUCGCGUUGCGGAUUUCCAUCGGCGAGAAUGAAGUUUACAAGGACUAUUUGAAAGGGAGUCUCAAGCAAUACGGACUGGAGGCUGAACUGUGCAAAAUAGUGUCGAUUUCAACCAAGCAAGAGCACGAAUGGGACGAGAAUAUGAAGAGCAUGUCUGUACCGGUGUGGGAAGCGUUCACGUUGACAUACGACGUACAAUGGCCGAUUAGCCUGGUGAUCGAAUUGAGGUCCAUGACGUGUUAUCAGAUGCUUUUUCGGCAUUUCUUUCACCUGAAACGAGUUGUGAGAUUAUUGACGCGAUUGCGAAUUUCUCCGCGUCCUCGGAAGAUGACCCGGACUGGUCAGAGUGGAUUGUGGAAGGAAGUGUGGUGUGUUGGGGCCUUGGGGGUUGGCGGGAAUGAAAGGAGGAGGGAGAAACCCCGUGAGGAUGGGAUCCCGACUUGGGUUCCGUUGGGUUCGUUUCCAUGUCAGUCUGCCCUGAGCAGCGAUAGGAUGUCGAAUUUGCAACAGCAGAGGCUGAUCACGGAGCAGCUGCGAAGGGAAGCGAACCUCAAGCGGAUUUCCAUUUCCCAAGCCGUGGAAGACAUUAAGGUGAGCGUCGCUUUCUUACCCCCGUGUUUUGUCAAUGUCUGA